AGUUACAGUCUCUUGCUCAAGUAAGAGACGACGAAGAAGAAAGGCUUCAACUUUGCUAGGGUUUCUGCAGAUACCUCCAUUUUCAGCACCUGAUCGGACCGGAAAAAUCAUUCAAUUUCUAUCCAUUUUCGUUUCAUUAAGCUUGAACCGGUAAAUUCACCGGAAAUGAUGUAUAUGUUCAACAUUUUCAGGAGAUAGACUUUUGAUUGCACUCUGGCUCUAAUGCUUGAAAGUACUAGAAGUUUCGCUACAUUGCUGCAGAUGUUGCCUGUGGCAUAUAAUUGACUACCAAAAACUUUGUAUUAUAGAACUCAAUGGUGCCAGAGGGCUAGCAGAACUAUGGAUUGUUGUCAGGCUUUUAGUUGUCUCAAGGGUUUCUUGUGCCAACAGUUAUUAUUCAUUAUCUGGCUAUCAAGUUUCCAAGCUGCAGCAUCUAUGCAGACAUUGCUUGACAAGAGUCAUGUAUCUCACACAUCUGAGUUAGCUAAUCCACCUAUUCCUGGACUAUUUGAUCCUAUAGAAAUAUCACCUGCUGUCAUUCCACCCAUUCCAUAUCCUGAUGAGUCGUUGCCACCCCUGUACCCAACUUUCCCCACAACAUAUGAGCCAAAUUUAACUGGAAGGUGUCCUGUAAAUUUUUCUGCUUUGUCAAGUAUAAUGGUAAAAACAGCAUCUGAUUGUUCUCAGCCUUUGGCUGCAUUUGUAGGGAAUGUUAUAUGUUGUCCCCAGCUGGGUAGUUUACUCCACAUCUUCCAGGGUUACUACAACAGCAACUCUGACAGUUUGGUCCUGCAAACUUCUGUUGCUAAUGAUUGUUUUUCAGAUAUCAUUAGUAUCUUAGCUAGCAAAGGGGCCAACAUUACAGUACCUAUGCUUUGUUCUGUAAAAUCAUCAAAUUUGACUGGGGGCUCUUGUCCUGUGAAGGAUAUUAGCAGCUUUGAGAAAAUGGUAAAUACGAGCAAAUUGCUGGAAGCUUGCAGUGCUGUUGAUCAGCUUAAGGAGUGCUGCAGGCCAGUUUGCCAACCCGAAAUUAUGAAAGCUGCUUUGGUCAUUUCUGGAACACAAAUGACAGUCAGUGAGAAUAAAAAUAUAAUUGGGCAGCCUAUGGAAAUCGAUACCAUGAAUGAUUGCAAGGAGGUGGUGUAUUCAUAUCUUUCAAGGAAACUCCCAGAAGAUGAUGCAAAUAAUGCAUUUCGAAUAUUAUCUUCAUGCAAAGUUAACAGGGUUUGCCCUUUAGAAUUUAAGCAGCCUUUGGAAGUAAUUAAAGCAUGCCGUAAUCUAGCUGCUCCAAGCCCUUCCUGCUGUAGCACAUUAAACACUUAUAUUGUGGGUAUACAGAAGCAGAUGUUAAUUACAAACAAGCAAGCAAUUAUCUGUGCAAUGGAGUUUGGGUCCAUGUUACGGAAAGGUGGCGUCAUGACAAAUAUUUAUGAGCUUUGCGAUGUCGACUUGAAAGAUUUUAGCAUUCAACCUUAUGGACUACCAGGGUGUCUACUACGAAGUUUGCCAACAGAUGUGAUACUUGACAAUUCAACAGGCUUUUACGGCUUUAUGUGUGACUUAACUGACAACAUUGCAGCUCCAUGGCCAUCGUCUUCCUCAAUGUCAUCGUUAACUCUAUGUGCACCAGAGGAAGAGAUGUCGGUGCCUGCACUGCCAUCAUCCGAGAGACGGAAAAGUACUGGCUGCCGCAGUCAGGCACUGGAAUUAUCGGUACCCAUUUUUUCUUUUUUGGUCUUCAUUACAUUGUUGUACUCCUGAAAGAGAGUUGUUGAUGUUGUAGUUUUAGAGGUUGAGCUGGGUUUGAAAUGGAUGGGGCUUUUUGGUUGAUUUGAGUGUGUGAGGAAUGUACUUAGUCCAUCCAUCAUGUAUAGUAACACUACUAGUUGUUUGUUUCUUCCUUUUCCUUUUCUCCUUGCCUUUUUCCUCUCUCUUAUUUUCUCUUCCUCACCCACCCUUGCCGCCCCCCAUGUUGAUGAUCAUUACAAACAAUGAUUUCCAGCUAUCACCAUUGACUAACAAAGCUACAAUUAUUAG